AUGGCCAACAUCGAUCCCGUAAAUGAGCCAUAUGACGACAAUUUGUAUUUUGAUCCAUCGGUUUUGGAUCAAAAUGAAUAUGAAGAUUUCUCUCACUUCUUCCAAGUUGAUAUUGUGUUCGGUAGUAGGGAAGAAUUAAUCAACUGGGCGAAAGCAACUGCAGUUAGUCAUUGUCACAGUUUGAUUUGUCAGUCUAAAAGGGAGAAUGCCCAGUACCUGACGUGUGACAAAUACGGACAUGGCCGACAAACGAAUAUUGAUGUGGAAGAUCCUAGAAAUACAGGAACAAAAAAAUGUGGUUGUCCGUUCAAAUUGAUUGGCAAAAAGUCAAGGUUUGAUGAAUUAUGGCGGUUGACUGUCAGCGAUGGCAGGCAUAGUCAUCGUCCGGCUUUGUUUCCUCACGGACAAGGUACGACUAGUCGUAUAACUCCACAACAUAAAGCAAGAAUUAAAGAAUUGCGAAAUUCUCACGUGAAGCCAAUGCUAAUCAUGGAUAGAUUGAGGAAAGAUGAUCCGAUGAUACAAACCUCUAUGAAGCAUGUUUACAAUCAGUUGGUCAAGAUUAAAUCUGAGGAAGUGGAGGGCAUGACUGUUAUUCAGUUUAUGAUGCAUAACUUUCAACAAGGCGAGUAUCGAUAUUGGCAUCGCGUCGAUAGUGAAACGAGCAACACGAUUACAUAUAUUAUGUUUGCAUGUCCCGAAUCUAUUAAGUUAUUACGGCUAUUCCCGUAUGUUAUAUUGAUGGACUGCACAUACAAAACCAAUAAGUAUGGAAUGCCUCUUUUGGAAAUAAUUGGGAUAACUCCAGUUGGGAGGAAUUUUACAAUUGCUGUUGCAUUUAUGUCGCAUGAAGAUGCACACACCUACGAGUGGACUUUGAAUUGUUUGAAAGAGUUGCUAGAUGGUGUCGAUCCUGAUGCGAUCUUGACAGACAGAGAGUUGGGUCUUUUGAAAGCACUGCCAAAUGUCUUCUCAUUUUCGUAUCAUAUGUUGUGUAUAUUUCAUAUAAACAGAAAUGUUGAGGCAAAUGCGACGAAAUUUAUGGGAGGCAACAAAGACCAAGGUCUAAUAUUCCGACGUGUGCUGUGGGCUAAGCUGGUGAAAUCAGAAACCGAAGAAGAGUAUCAUUACAAUUACAAUGAAAUUGUUGGACGGUAUGCAGGGUAUCCUAGGCUGAUACAGUAUUUGAAUGAUACGUGGUUGAUAUACAAGCAGAAGUUUGUUCGAGCCUAUACUCGCAAUGUGUAUCAUUUUGGCAACACGAGCACCAACAGGGUGGAGAGUGCUCAUUCUUCAGUGAAGGGUUGGUUAAUUGCUUCGACCGGAGGUCUGGAUAACGUGCAAGGCAAACUUCGGGACCAAGUUUAUAUCCAAAUUAGUCAGCUGAAGUGCGAUUUUUCAUUAUCAUCCAAGAUAAGGAAGCAUACUGCAGCAUGGCCGUGUUUUCAGGGUUUGAUUUGUUAUGUUACGCAUCUGGCAUUAGAGAAAUUGGAUGAAGAGAUGGAGUCCCCGGCGAUGCAAGAUCUGAGUAUUUGCACACACUAUCUUUGA